AUGGCCCAGUCGAAUCCAGAGUCUAAAGGUGAAGCCUUGAAUGCCAAUUAUAGGUAUCAAAUCGGUGCUUCCGUUUUGGCCGGAAAGUUGAGGCCAACCAAACACAAUGUGAUUCUACAGUGUGUUUCAGAUAGGUUUUUGGAAUCAUACGAUGGAAAUAAUAACCGAUCGACGACAACAACCACCAUAAGCCAACAGCAGUCAUACUCAAGCCACAGGAAGCUUCUGGUACAUGGUACUUGCACAAACAGAGAUUUAAGCAUCUCACAAAGUAAAGAUACCACUUCUGGGAUCCCACAGUACAUAGUGCAGAUUGUCAACACCUGUGUUUUUGGUUGUGCUCCUUCAAAUAUCCAUCUCCAUUGUGGCUGGUUUGCCUCUGCAAGAAUGGUAAACCCAAGAAUCUUCAAAAGGCUCUCUUAUGAUGAUUGCUUGGUCAAUGGAGGGAAAGCUUUGAAGACUAGUCAGAUUGUCAGAUUCACAUACUCAAACUCCUUCAUGUACGCUCUCCAAUUCAAUGACAGAGAGCUAAGAAGUGUUGGGAUCAAGAGAGCUAUAAGUAGAUGGACAAAAAUGGAGCCCCACUCAAAGGCGGCUCUUUGUAGGAACAGAAAACUUGUAUGUAGAUUCAGAUGUAAAUAUCCUCGCAGUCGUUCCACAGCUCUGCCUGAACCUAGCGAGGUACACCAACCCACAUUACUUGCAAAGUCAGGAGAGGGUGAGAGACAUACGACAAGGAAAGAGAACUAUAGGAACAACAAUAAAUGUCUUGAAAGCGUUAGAAACCUUGUAAAAACAACUAGGAUUGCUUCAGUGGUGUCUGCUCCUCAAGAAUCACUGCAAAAGGGUAACUGGGUCAAGCUUAUUUGUGGUGCUAGCUUUGAGGAUGUUGUUGAUAUCAGGAAUCUCUCUCUUGUUUACACUCUAGCUGGAGGUAAAAGAAAUCUUGAAGCAGUUGCUGUCUGUUUAAGGAUUGUUGAUUGCAUUGAUUGUGCUGCCGAUGCAUCAGUGGUGAAUGCUGUAAAUGAAGGAAUUGAAGCAGCAAGAGAGAUCUUUUACCUUCGAAAGCCUUGGGUAAUGAUUAGUGUUAAUGAUGAUGAAGAUCUUCACUUUCGUAAAGCUGAAUUUGAUCCAGUGGAGUGUCCAUUGGACUGUUCAAGGCCCUGUGAGACUAUUUGUCCUGCAAAUGCAAUAUCAUUAGAGCAACAUCGAGCAACAACAGAAUUUUCCUCUGGUACCGAAACACUAAAUGCAUUAAAGGGUGGAGUGCUAACUGAACGCUGUUAUGGCUGUGGUCGUUGCUUUCCAGUUUGCCCUUACGAUAAAAUAAGAAUGGCUAUGUACGUAAGGAAUGCUGCUGCUACUGCUGAACUUCUUAAAAGAAAUGAUGUUGAUGCCAUAGAGAUACAUACAAGUGGAAGGUGCGAUUCCAAGACUGAUAAACAAAAUGGAAAGCAAAUCCAAGUGGCUAUCCAGAAACAAACUGCUCCGUUUGAGGGACUCUGGGAUGACUUGGGAAAUUCAAUUAGACACUUGAAACUAGUAGCAGUGAGCUUACCUUAUGUUGGAGAUUCAACUAUAUCUUUGAUGAACGCAAUGUACGCAAUGAUGGAACCUCAUCUGACAUGCCUCAAUCUAUGGCAGUUGGAUGGCCGUCCCAUGAGUGGAGACAUUGGCCGGGGUGCCACAAGGGAAUCGAUUGCAUUCGCUGUUCGAUUGGCUUCUGUGAAAGAUAAGCCUUGUGGUUUCUUUCAAUUGGCUGGUGGCACAAAUGCUCACACAGUAGAAGGGUUGAAAAGGGAAGGGCUUUUUCAAACAACACUAGUUGCCAAGAAUUCAAAGGACAAGAAAUCAAUUCCUGCUUCACAUGCUUUAAUAGGUGGCAUAGCUUAUGGCGGCUAUGCACGCAAGAUUGUUGGAAGGGUCUUGAGUUCCUUGCAAUCACAGCAUGGUCUUGCUCGUAUUGAGGAUUAUCCAGAGCAUCUCUUGGAAGCACUUGCAAAAGCCCUUGAUUUGGUUGGAACAGUCAAAUGUUAUGAUCCCUGUCCUUUGGAUUACUGA